AUGGGUCGUGAACGUUUCAAGACUAAAAUGAACCCAUCUGGAGAAGGCAUUAUUGGCGCUAUUGCCAUAUCUGACAUUGUGCGUGAAGAUGCUGAAUCUACUGUAAUUAGGCUCAAGGAGAAGGGGAUUAAAACGGUCCUCUUAUCAGGAGACAGGGAAGAGGCAGUUGCAACUAUAGCAGAGACGGUUGGAAUUGAAAACGAUUUUGUCAAAGCAUCCUUGUCUCCGCAGCAAAAAUCUGCAUUUAUUUCAUCUCUAAAAGCUGCUGGACAUCGUGUUGCGAUGGUAGGUGAUGGGAUCAAUGAUGCGCCCUCUUUGGCUGCAGCUGAUGUUGGGAUAGCUCUGCAGAAUGAAGCUCAAGAGAAUGCUGCCUCAGAUGCAGCGUCCAUCAUACUUCUGGGCAACAAAAUUUCACAGGUUAUUGAUGCAUUAGACCUAGCGCAAGCAACAAUGGCAAAAGUUUACCAAAAUUUGUCAUGGGCUGUGGCCUACAAUGUUGUUGCCAUUCCCAUUGCCGCUGGUGUGUUACUCCCCCAAUUUGACUUUGCUAUGACACCAUCACUUUCAGGAGGACUAAUGGCUAUGAGCUCCAUCUUGGUGGUUAGCAACUCACUGCUUUUAAAGCUUCAUGGGUCUCAGACCUCUGGAAAUGGAUCACUAUAG